CGACGAAGACACACUCAAAAAGACGUUUCCCCAAAUUCCCCCACAAACACAUUUUAUUGUCUCAGAUUUCCCUCUUUAUAGAACCUAUAAAUCCAUCAUCUCUUCAUAUAAAAGAUCAUACUUUUUAAAUUUUCUCCGCUUAAAUCUCAACCCCUUUUAAUUAAAUCCAUCAAUUUCAAGCCCAUCUUUGAUUCUUGAUUUUCAGCGAUCCAUUUUCAAGAUUUCAAACCCUAAAAGCAAAAAAGAUAUAUGGCAGAUCAAGUGUUGGAGGGUAGCCAACCGGUUGAUCUAUCUAAGCAUCCAUCUGGAAUUAUCCCUACUCUUCAGAACAUCGUGUCUACUGUUAAUCUUGAUUGCAAGCUAGACCUGAAGGCGAUUGCAUUGCAAGCACGUAAUGCAGAAUAUAACCCAAAGCGUUUUGCUGCCGUAAUCAUGAGAAUAAGAGAACCAAAAACAACGGCCUUAAUCUUUGCCUCUGGGAAAAUGGUGUGUACAGGAGCCAAGAGUGAACAACAGUCUAAACUUGCAGCACGGAAGUAUGCCCGGAUUAUUCAGAAACUUGGGUUUCCAGCCAAAUUUAAGGAUUUCAAGAUUCAGAACAUCGUUGGCUCAUGUGAUGUAAAAUUUCCUAUCAGACUUGAAGGUCUUGCGUACUCUCACGGUGCUUUUUCAAGUUAUGAACCAGAACUGUUCCCUGGACUGAUCUAUCGAAUGAAACAACCGAAAAUAGUUCUGCUUAUAUUUGUUUCUGGGAAAAUUGUUCUUACAGGAGCCAAGAUCAGAGACGAGACAUAUACUGCAUUCGAGAACAUAUAUCCUGUUCUUACUGAAUUCAGAAAGAAUCAACAGUGAUUCUUGAUAAUGAUGAAACAAUGGUUUAUGGGAUGAAGUUGACAUUAGAGUUUGACUCGGUUGUGCGGGAAAAGUGUAGAUAUGGUGGUAGGAAAUGGAAGGGAGGGACAAAAGGCUAAUGCACCCACUCUUCCUUCUAUUUUUGUAAUGCAGUUGUAAUCUUUCAUAAACAGAAACCGCUUCUGCUGGUCACAUUGUUGUCCUUUUGAAGUCCAUAUGACCCGAGAUCCUUUUUUAGAUUUGAUCUUAAUUUUACAUUUUUGUCGGUUUUUGUAUUUUCAGUUGGAUCUAUAAGUAGUUGAUAUAUAUGAAACUUUAAGACAUGGUAAUUUGAACUCUAGCGUUUAGUAA